UCUGGGAACAUCAUUGUCCAGAUCUCCCUACGGAGCUACAGUACCUUCAAGUUACAAGUUGGAAUACUAAAACAAGAAUCAGGUUAGCCUUUAAACUGCUAAAUUCAUUUAAUGUUGCUUCACACCUGCUACGGAAGCACACAACGCUAUGAUGCGCGCUAUGCACGUUUUGCAACAAAACAAAAAAUCUGGAUAGUGCUUUAGAUUUGUUGAAAAUUUGCUUCAACCCAUCAGAUGAACUACCCAGAACUGGGUAGUGGCACGUCAUCAUUACGAAAUUUCUGCGCUCGAUCCUCAGACGUCAUUAUCCUGGGAAACGCCACCUCCCCCCUGAUUAUUUUUUCCCUCCACGCUCUUUAAAAUUACCAAAAUCCAUUAGUGGUCUAUUGUCAAUGCUGCGUUCUCAUUGGUUGAGCUACUACUAGGCUUUAUGUUAUAGCUCACUAGUAGCGAAAGGCGCCGGCUUUUUUGGCGGCAAAAAGAGGAUUAAAGUCUAGCUUUAACUAGCUAAAGUUGUCUUGUAUCGAUAUUUUUGACCAACUAGUUGGAUUUUACUAGAACAAUUAUUCAUCUCGCCCUCGUGGCCUUUGAGUGGAUAGCUUAUUUGACCUUCGGCCUCAUGUACUAUUGACUCAGAGCAAAUUUGGGCAUUUGAAACUGCCAAAUAUAGUAAGUCACAUGCUUUAAUGUGCCCUUUUUUGUUUGUUUUCAGCAUUUCCACUGAGUAACUGGAGGGUAUCCAUUGACAAUACUUCUACAACAAGCAUAAGAUUCUCCUGGCAAAACCUGCAAACACUCGUUGGUCAACAAACAAGUCAUUACUUUAUAUUCGUCAAAGACUCAUAUGGUAGAGGUCUAAACGCAUACAUCGUACCAGGAAAUACUAUUUCCCAUGUGGUAUCUGGACUGACAGGGUAUAGGGAGUAUCGGUUAUCUGUUGCUGGUGUUAAUUACAGUGGAAAUGCCUACAACAGCACAGAGAUCACAGCAUGGACAGAAGAAGGGGGUACGUGCAACAUACUUAAAGAUGUUUUUUUUGUUUUGUUUUGUUUUGUUGUUGUUGUUGUUGUUUUUUGUUGUUGUUGUUGUUGUUUUUUUUUUGGGGGGGGGGGGGUAUGUCUCGUGCAUCACAGGUGUAUGCAAACAAACUCUUAGUAUGUGAAGAAUGGCUGUGAGAUAGAAACUCCACACCACUCCCACUGGUCGAUAGGGAGCUUAAGCAACAACCGCGGCGACGGCUUCGAAAACAUCAAAUAAAAAGUGUGUUCGCGCUGCUUAAAACUUUAUCGCCCUUAUUCCAUCUCGUGCUAUUCAUCAGAUGUUGGCGAAUUUUUCUUGAGUUGAAUUCUAAAGGGCUGUAUUAAAGUUCAGGAAAAGAAAGAGGGUCGUUGUCUUGUGUUCACGUCCUCCACAAAACGUGAAAUUAAGCAGUUUCACGUCGUAGUCGUGCAACGACGGCAAAGAAAUGAACAAAAAGACGUGAUGCACGUGCAAAGUUGUUGUUUUGCUAAUCAAACCUAUUGCCUUUUUGCCGCCCGCGUUGCCGUCGCCGUCGUUGUUGCUUAAGCUUCCUAAUAAUCCGAACCGAACGGUUUUGGUUCAAUAUUUCCCGUCGGAAAGUUUUUUUUUUCCGCGGAGUCAACGUUUUUUAAUCAACAUUUUUGUUGUGGUGGUGGUGAUUGUCCUGUUCUUACUAUUGAUGUAGCAUAAAUUAAAGCCGCGACGAUGGACCAUUUUUACAGUUGUGGGCUUAGUACCCUAUCCUUCGGUGAAUGUGCUCUGCUUUCUGGGAAAUUCUCCUUGAACAUGAAAAAUAAUAGUAAGCAUCAGAACAACACGAUUUACAAAAGGAAAGGUCAACUCCAGGCUCGCUUCUAUCUAUAACUGUAAAAUAACCUAUUUCUUGAUCUGCUCUGACAAAGGCUUAGGAAUCGCAAUAUGCGAUUGAACCCUUAAGGGUGCCCAAAAAACUUAAUAUUCUUGUUACUAUCACCGUACGUACACUAUGUAACCUAACUUAGUUGUGCUUAAAAAAAAAAAGACAAACAAACAAACAAACAAAACAAACGAAAAAAAAUCAGAUAUUAAGAUAAUAGAUUGCAAAAUAAUAUACAUUUUCUGUUUUCUUAGUUCCUAGCAGGGCACCGUCAUAUAUCCGACUUUCAACGUUACAGUUUGUUGAGGUGAAAGUACAGUGGAAUCCACUCUCCGAGCAAUACGCCAAUGGACGUAUCCUUCGAUACAAAGUCUACUAUAGGGAAUACAAACGUUACUCAUACAUGUAUCAUGCAAAGAGUGUUUACACUAGAAGUGCAAAUGUUACUAUGGUGAUACUGAGAGACCUGAAACAGGCUACACGUUAUCAAAUAGCAGUGACAGCCUUUACUUCUAAGGGCGAAGGACGACGCUCGUCCUGGUAUUCAGUAACCACAGGUAAUGCAUUUGUUUGUAGGUGAUACUGAUUGCUAUGUCUUUUCUUUUAGAGUGAGUAUUUUGGGCAACUCGAUAUUAUUUAAUCGCAGGAUUGAUCAAAUCGCCAUCAAAUUAUCUAUGAAUAAAUGAUAAAUGUUUCAUCUCAGAAAUGUAAUAGCAAUGUGCAAAAUGUUAACAGCAAAAACAUUGACUACGUAUAUAAAUUAUUAAAUGUCUGUGAUAGUCCCAUUUAAUUUCACAUUUUUUACGGCAAAAAUUUAAUCAUUCCUAAUCGUUAAUUCAAAGCAAAGGAAAAAAGGCCACUGUUAAUUCUAUAUUAACUCCAGAAUGAGGUGGAAUCUGUUCUUACAGCCACUAUCAGUUCUCCACAACGGGAAGCUCGUUUUGUCCCGUUUAUGUAUUGUUUUUUUUUUUUUUUUCUGUCUAUUUGUUUUUGUUUUAUUUUUUCAUGUGUUCUUCUGUUUACAAUCGUCAGCCGUUGUCAUUAGCCUAUUACCCCUAUCUCUAUCCUCGGAGACCUAGGGGCGGUCAGUUGGGUCGGGGGAAAACUGGCCAAAGUUUUCAAAAACGGGCGAGAGAGUCCCUGGGAUGCAAUUAAAACGUAGACAAGGAAAACGCAAAUUUAAUGCUUGGAAUUAUUGUGGCUUUUAUAAUGCUUUUCUUUUAAAUCUUCGAAAAAGGAUGCGACAGCCUUAUGUGCUUACUUUUUUUAAAAUAUAUUUUUAUAUAUCCAGCCCGAUUUUUGAUAAAGUUAUCGUCAAAUGGACUUUUUGCGUCUCCAAAAGCUAGUAGAGACCUUUAACAUCGGGCUUUUCAUGGAAAACCGCAAACCGCAAUUGGCAGUUUGCAGUUACGCGUUUGCAGUUUCACGUAGCUGAGAUUUCAAAUUUUAGCAAGGCUUCGAGUUGAGUUCAUUCUUAUUUAACCGAAAUAUCAUACAAUACAAGUAUACAUAUAGGAAUUGUACGGUUGCAAGGGAGCCCAGAAGAAACCAGGAGGCUUAUGAAGCCUGGGCUCCCCUGUCACAAAGAAAUAUUAAAAACUAAAAUAAAAUAAAAUUCGUGGAGUGAUAAUUUUUUGUAAGAAAUAGGAAUUAAACAGAGAAUGAGUUAAGUUAUGGAUUAGUAACAAGAUCGAAAAAAAAAAAAACUCUGGAUUGGAACAGAAAACUUUCUUAUCUUAGUACGGCAGAAAGGAACAAUAUGAAAUCAAUUUGAACCGUGACGCGUUCAUUGUUUAGUGUCACCACGUUCUUUUUCAUCAAGUCGAAGUGCAUCACUUUUAUCGCCCAAGACACAGGAAUAAUUCAAUAUUUUGAGAUCAAUAAUCCAACAAACAUAUCGUAAACGGAUAUAAAAAGCUAGUUCGUGCCUUUAAACGCGAGGCUGUACAAUUUUUAGUGGCAAAAAACCUUGCCGUAAAUCACUUACCGCUGGAAGCCCUUCCUGCGGUUCAAACGUGAACUGCAAACUGCAAACAUGACCGCAAGCCCGUGGUCACGUGACAUUUUGCGGUUUGCGGCGUUCUAUGAAAACCCUGAUGCUAAAUGUCUCUAUCUCCUUCUUUCCGAAGGAGAUAGAGAUAAUGAUGUUAAAUUAACGCAGUUCCGGAGAGGAAGAAAAUGACGGUAACGCGGUGAAAAGAACCCUGCAGACUUUUCCUUUUAGGCCAAACAGUCCGACCAAUAUUUCUAAUACCUAUUUAACUUCUUAGCACUGGUUAUUUCAUAGGCUGCAGAGGAUAUAUAAAUCAAUCAUUUGGCCAGCUACAGUUUGGCCCAAAAGAUUAUUAUGGUUCUCUGCUGUGCACCUGGUCAAUUGGAAAUGCAGGAAUCGAACAAGCAGUUGCACUUAUGUCAAUACAAGAUCUCUACCUGCCAUCUUUCCAGUGA